CAGCGGCUUGAAGACCCCGCCUACGCCAUCGAGCAUCAACAACCCUGCAUUCCAGCUCUUGAACUCGACCGGUUGGUCAAGGAGUCGAGGUUCCCCCAGGCUUAUAUCCGCUACCCAUUGGCCUAUUGGGUGCCACAGUCGGCUUACGCCACAGACUUCUGUAUGAUAUCAUGGGGUGGGACGCGCAGAGAAGCCCUGCUUCUUGCGCGGGCCUCGACAUCUGCACCACUUCUCAUGGAAACCGUUUACCUCUCUCUGCUCACUUCAACUCUGUCUAUUUUGUGUCACAUCGAGUCUCGAGCACCUACCGCGUCUAAGAUUGUCCUCGACGCGUAUUGUGUUCUAAGUCGGUAGCCGUUGAUUGGUGAUGGAAGGGUCUUCACGACCACCCGCCAAACUCCAGAAACGAAAGAGCCGGGAAAGAAACGACGCCACGUCUGCGCAUAUGUCUGGAGCCCUCAAUACGCCAUCAGCCAACACAUCACAACCCCUUGCGCCGAACAACAUGUCUGCCGCGGAGAAGGAAAGACGAUCCAAAUGGCGGAUGUCUAACCCAUUUCAUUCCAAAGACAAGUACAUGGACAAGUCCAACGACAAGUACACGGACAAGUCCAACGACAAGCCCAACGACAAGCCCAACGACAAGUCCAACGAUCGCAAGGAAAGAUUGGAUUCGAACGUAGACUCUGCGUACGGUAGCAGCGAGCCCAGUACCAGUGCAAAUCCAAGCUUUGCAAGUAAUCCGCGCCCUGCAUCUGGAGAGCAAUGGCAUCCAACUCCUCUGCCGACUCCUGCGUCAACCCAAGCACCUACGACAAGCAUAACCGCGCCAACUCCGCCUGCACAAGAGAGCUAUGCUCCACCUCCCAACCCCGUUUAUGCGAGCCAGGAGAAUAUCUCUAGGGAAACACACCAAGACAUCCGUACUGGCAAUAUAGUCACUACGGUGACAACUACAACAACCACUACUACUACAACGACCGGCCCAGGAGGCUCUACAGUGGUGCAGCAGCCUGUUGGCACGGAUCCCUUGCGAGGUAGCAUAACCAGUACAACUGGUCCAAGCCCUCCAUCGCCAGCACCUCCUGUGCUCGCCAGCUAUCAACAAAACCCGGGGCAUUACCAGCAAAGCUCAGAUCACCAGCCUCACAUCUCAAUACCUGGAGAUUCUGUCCCACCAAUGCCUACGUAUCUACGUCAGGGUCAAAGUUUGGGUCACACUCAAAGCCUGAGUCAAGGCCAAAGUCAAGGCCAAAGUCAAGGUCACGAUCACGAUCACGAUCAUAGUUACGAUCAUGAUCACGGUCACGGUUAUGAUCGCGGUCACGACCACAAUCUCGACCAUAACCACGGUCACGGCCAAAGCCUGGGUCAAGGUCACAGCCAAGGCCAAAGCCUUGCACCGCAGGUGUCCAACCUCGAAAGCUCGUCCCCACCUCUACCAACCAAGAGCAAUAUACGAAACAGGGUCGAACUGGACUCUGUAUCUCCUGGAGUAGAGAGACCCAAUCCCAUGGCCGAUCCGGUCAGUCCCAUGACUGCGGGUAGUCCUACACGAGCAAACUUUUCCUAUCCUGCCAGAGCGCCGCCUCAGGGAGUGCCACGCCACGUUCCAUCUCAGCAUUUCUCAACUCCUCAACAACCUUUGGGGGGAUCGCGAUCAUAUGGUGAUCUGAACCAUCCUGCGCCUGUGAGGGUACCAGUGGGGCAGGGUUCAAUGCAAACUCAGGACUAUCCGCAGAGGCAAUCAACUUUGGCAAACCUGAAGCUGGCUGCGGCUGGAAUUCAUGGCGCUGGAGAAACACUUCGCGGGACCUUCAACGAUACCUUCGACCGACGUUAUGGUGGUGUUGAUUCGGCUGCACAUGCUAAAAAUUUGGCAACUAUCCAAGCCGGUCGCUCCGAAAUCGAAGCUGCACAGUUUUCUCACCGCUCUCGGCCAUCGCUUGAGGUCGCUCAACCUCCGUUUCAGCCUCAGCCUUUGGGUACGAAGACGCCAUACCAAGGGCCACCGGUGUCUGGCUCGCAGAUUGAAGGAAAAAGUGGAAAGUUGAACAGUCUCAUGCGGAAGAUGAAGGAUGGGUCCAUGGUAGCAAUCCAGAGACCAGGACAAGAGUAACAAUGUAGCACUGACGCUGUCGUUGAGCAAGAUGUUUAUUGUAAAGCAAGAGACAUGCGGGAGGACACAUCAUCCGGGUUGCAUAUACGUCUAUUUUGGCGUUUCAGCCACAACAUAUAUUGUAUAGCGAACAUGUAGCGUUAUUCUAAUUGACAACUGCUAUUGCCUGGCGUUCGAUUCACUAAUGUUUUCUCUCACAUUUUAUCAUUCUUUGACCAGUCAUAGCG